AUGUCGAUCGAGGGUGAAUUUUUCCUCUCAAUCACAGGAUCCAUCGAAUACGCGGAAUUUUACGACAUCGACAACGCCUACUGCAAAUAUGGAUUUCACUUUGGCCCGGAAUGGAGCGUGGUCGCGGGUAUUGAGGAGGGUUUGACACAGAUAUGCAAGUGCAGCGAUGACCCGCGAAAUCUGGCAGUUUGGAAUUUCCCGCUGGAAGUCACGUUCAAGAGUACUAAUCCCUAUGGAUGGCCCCAGUUAAUAUUGUCUGUUUAUGGGUUGGAUGUCUUUGGCCACGACGUCAUCAGAGGAUAUGGAGUGUGUCAUUUGCCGUUGAAAAUAGGUCACCAUGAGAAAAGGGUAUCCGUCUACGUGCCAGAAUCUUCAUCGAUGUUGCAACGUUUCGCAGCCUGGUUAACCGGAAGAAGGCCAGAACUAAUUGAUCCAACGAUAUUGGCCACGGGUGGUGGUAGAGAACUCACGCGCAUGAGAGUGGAGGGUAUUGUUACCGUAACGUUCAACGUAGUGCUGAAAGAUUUCUUCAAGUUGGGAUACAACAAUGGCGAUCAUCAAAAAAAAUAA